AUGCCCCCGUCCUCUGACUAUGUUGUAAUUAAUAGCCCGCCAUUGAAUGUAGAUACUACCGAGAAGUCCUCUCGGAAUAGCGUGCCUAAGGUGUUAGAUCUCGACCUAUCUCACUCUAUCAGAGGAUUGUAUCGCAUCCUCGACCUCAUAAGCGAGCAGGGAAGCGGGGGUGGUCUAGUGGACAAAAUCAUAAUAUCUCAGGGCAGCUUACAGGCUUUUGCCAACGAUGUGCAGCCCGGAGCGUACACAUCGCUCACAAAGGUAGAUUUCAAACUUCUUGAUAAGGUGCUAGUUAGCCCUGUUGGCAUCUACGGCGACAAGAAGUCGAUUGUGGAGCUCCUCGGUCGGCUUGGCGUUGUAGAGAAAGAGACGUAUGCGGAAGAUGAACGGGGAAGGGGUUCGCCAUCUCUCAGGUCUGGUUUGUACGUUCUUCGAGCGCCCCCAUCCGAGACCGAAGGCAGUCGCGUUUACGUCAUUCACUGGCCGGAAGACACGACAUGGAAUGACGAUGCCAUCUCCUCUGUUCGUCGCAAUAGGGUCACCUUUAUGAGAUACCUUUCAAAGAUCUGCGACCAAACCAUGGCUCUCAUGUCUGCUGACUAUGCACAGUCGAUCGUAUGGAAGGAGAGCGAGGACGAUGAUACGUAUGUGGAAUCUGACGACGAAGGGCCUGAGAGAAUGUACGCGUUUGAGGUCUGUAAGACAAAUGAGCAAGAAGAAUCGGUGACGGUCCGGCCUGGUUUCACGACUAGCGCACCGAUGAUAGCGCCCGCCGAGAGACGUCUUGACAAAGCGCCCGAGGAAGCCGUGCCUAUGCAACCAAGACUUAUUCGUGGUGAGACAACUCAAGGUCUCAUCACGGCAGGUUACAGAGCCGCCAUCAAGAAGGUCGAACACUUCAAAGAUCGACCGAUCAACAAAGCGGUACUAGAAAACUAUUUGUGCGUUCCUAUAUCUUUCUGCGCACAUCCUACGAUCGAGAUUCUCAUGGACACAGGUCUCCGGUCGCGAUGCGAGCAACUAUGUAGAAAGUUCAGCUCCGAACGCUCUGAACUUCGGCAGGGGCUUGACUCCGACAUCGCGCAGAGAAGGGCCGACUCCCUCGCAAAACUCAAACAAGAUCUACCUUUGUUGACGACGUCCUUCCUGAAGUUUAUUAUAGCUGACCUUGACGGUCUUGCGAAUAACCCUAAGAUAAAAGGUCUGAUCGACAGAGCUAGAGACGAGCAGCCAUUGAGAACGGUGCCGGGAUCGUUCCAUAGUUCGAAAGAGCGGAUUCUCAUUAUCAAGCACCUCCUAGACUCUCAUAACGGCCACCUCGACGAGAAGACGCAGACUAAGCUCGUGGCGAUGAUUGACAACAUCAAGGACAUUCGCAAGGAGUGGACAGGGAUGUCGAAGGGUCUGCGUCCGGGGGAUAGUUCUCAUGGAUACAUGACCAGAUUGAGAUCGGGAUUGAAGUCUCUUCUGCCUCACGAAAGCAACAGAACCGGAGAGAAGGCGUACAAGGAUGCCUUGGACAUUUCACAGCGUACUUCUAUUUCUCAGUUCAUUUCUCGCGCCAAUGACAUUGCGUCUCAAUGGCCGGUGUUGGAGAGGGCAGUUAAUGGUUCUAUGGCAGUGGUGUACGACCAUUUCGCCAAGAACCUCGGGAGACUUUCGAACCAAUAUGCCCAUGAAGCUCUGCGUAUUCAAGAGGAGGAUACCACGCAGCAGUUAGAUCGCGAGCGUUCCAGUCGGGCGGAUCAAACUCAGCGGGACUUGUGUUUCGAUUUUGCUCGCAAGCUCAACGAGCACUUCUCAAAUGUGUCGUCGAGGCGAGAACUCCACGUGAGUUCAGUUCGGAAGACAGGGUACUGGGCGCCAUAUUCUCCUACCCUUUCGGUGAAAGGACGCCUCAUCACGAAAGAAGACGAUCAGGUUGUGUACCAGGCCCAUCUGAUGCAGCUAACCAUCGAAGAUUGCCAUGAACUGCAGCUCGACAGCUCAUUUGUUCCCUCACCUCGCUUUGGCGUGGCAUAUACCUUCUCUCUGCCCACAGGGAGCGAGAUCAUCUACUCACAACUUCUUGAGGAUGAUCAAUUGCUCCUCCUGACGAGCGAUCGCCGGGGCAAUAUCCUGGUUUACCGCGAGUCCUUGGACGCUCUGGAAGGCGCCAUAGCUCAUGAACGGUACAAGACAAAACUGAGUCGUGACAAAGUCGGCGAUGACAUCCUCAUCGCGUUCAACGAAGGCAAACACAUGCUUGCUGUCUUGUAUACAUCACCGGAUGGAUCCUGCUUCUUGGUAUCGUGUUCUCAGGAUUCGUCGUUCUCUGUCAUGGCAUAUCACUGGAUCACGUUCGGUUCCAGCGACGGAACGAAGCUUGCUAUUGAUGACCUGGGAUCAGAGGACGACAUUAUGAUGACUUCAUUCGGUUCCAGAAACUCUGUGCAUUUGAUGAAGCUCGACGCCAACUCUCAGACUUGCAAGUCCUUCGCACUGGAUAUCACUCGAAAGUCUACGGAGUUUAUGUUCAAGGAGAAGGGCGUAAAGUCUGCACCUUCCGCAGAUAAGAGCGGCAGUACCUUGCAUAAUUGUCUGAUUGACUGCCACUCAGAGGUCUGGACCCGAUUCCCAGUUCUUCCCGCCAUUCAACGCCAGGCAAUCACUACGUCCAGCACUCGAUGCCCCAAGUCUUUGACGUUCGUGUCUGACUUCGGUCAGAAGCGGGUCUCGCCGCAUUUUGGCGAGCUCAUCCAGACUUUCGAGAGAACUGCGCGCAAAAUCACGGGGAACGAGCUGCGCUGUAUCACGAUCAAUGCCAUGACCUUCAACGAUUUCUAUGCCUCUCUAGACGCCUCGUCCACCUCACAUAGUAUAUCUCAUUUCAGAGCCGGAGAGUGGCUCGUGGAGCUCUUGUGCCUCAUCCCCAUCCAUCUCGCGAUCACGAAGGACAACCGGUUCAUUCCGCUCAAAGACGGAGUCUUUUCUCCCGAGCUCGAGAAGUCGCUACUCGGAGCCGAGGUUGGGCGCAUCGUUGACUCGCUCUCGUUCGGUUGGUACGAGUCUAUCUUCCAGUCUUAUAUGGCAUCUAAGCCGGUGAAAGUGGUUUCUUCGAUGGGCGAGCAGUCUGUUGGGAAGAGUUUUGCGCUUAACCAUUUUGCGGAUACUUCGUUUGCUGGUUCCGCGAUGCGUACGACAGAAGGUGUAUGGAUGUCAGUAACACCUACGGAAGACACGUUGAUCGUGGCACUGGACUUCGAGGGCGUACACAGCAUCGAGCGUUCAGCACAAGAGGACACGCUACUUGUCUUGUUUAACACGGCUAUUUCCAACUUGGUGCUAUUCAGGAACAAUUUCACUCUAAGCCGCGAUAUCACUGGCCUCUUCAAAUCGUUCCAAUCAAGUUCUACUGUCCUCGAUCCCGCCGCGAACCCGAUGCUUUUCCAGUCAACUCUUGUUAUUAUCAUCAAAGAUGUAGUGGACGCAGACGCGCAGGAGAUAAAAAAGGAGUUUUCUCUGAAGUUCCACAGGAUCGUGCAAGACGAGCAAGAGUCCAACUUCAUAUCCCGUCUUCAUGGCGGAAAGCUCGAAAUCAUUCCAUGGCCUGUCAUCGAGUCAAAAGAGUUCUAUAAGCUAUUUCCAAGGCUGAAAAAGCGUCUAGAUCAACAAAAGGUCACGCACCCAGCGGCAGGGCAGUUCCUGCAUACCGUCAAGACGCUAAUGGCCAAAUUAAAGUCUAACGACUGGGGAGCUCUGUCUCACACCAUGGCGGCCCACCGAGCACUACAGCUUCAUAACAUGUUGCCGAAUGCUUUGGAAUCUGGCUUCGUUGUGAACGGAAUUGAACGAGAGCCAUUGAAGGCAAGGUUUGCAUGUCUAUGUCAUCACCCCCAUACUGACGAGCCGCACCAGAACUUGGACACCGACGAGUUUGUUAAUGCGAACGACACAGCCUCCGUAUUCGCCGUAGGUCCCAGUGGCACCGAUCGUGAAGCUCGCUUGGUGGCUUUAGAGCAGUCGUGGGAUCAAUUCUCCACGCGACAACAGGUUACGGACGAAACCUGGUUCGAAGGCCUCGCGUCGCACGUCGACCAUCUCCUGACUCUCAGAUUCAAUCGCGUCGGAGAAUGGAUCUCUUCGAACCUCGUGCGCUUCCAAGCGGUCAGCCACGAGUCGAUCGAGGAUCUCAAGCGUACCUUUGAGAGUACAACGGUUGAUAUGCGAUCCAAUGUCCAGUUGUGUGGUGCCCAAUGUGCGUCGUGCCAUCUACGAUGCAUUCAGAGUCGCCUGCACCAAGGUCAACACGACUGCAAGACCGACCAUACGUGCUCGCAUGAUUGCGACUUCUGCGAGGAAGACAUAAAGCUGUGUGGAAUGAAGUAA